ACCAAUGUGCAUGAACAAAGUUUACACGGAGCCAUUUUGCUUCCGUGCCAUUUGCUUGCUUCUAGCCCUAUGCUUCUAGCUAACAUUAGCUGUUUAGUUCUUCUGUCGCCUUCUGUGUGUUGGAUGAGGUGUGGAGGAAAGAGGAGAUGUGGUCCUUUUUUGCCAGGGAUCCAGUCAAAGACUUUGCUUAUGAAAUUCUGCCAGACAGCCAAGAAACGUCUGGAAUAUGGACUCUACAUCGGGGGAAGCGAAAGACCAAUGGAGAACCAGUGUCUGUGUUUCUGUACGAGCUAGCACAGGGAACAGAGCAGCAAACUCAGCUAGCCAAGGCCGCCUUCAAGCGUAUGAAGACCCUGCGUCACCCUAACAUCCUGGCGUAUGUGGAUGGAUUGGAGACAGAGACCGAGAAGAGCCUGUACCUGGUUACUGAGCAGGUGACACCCCUGGCAGUCCACCUGAAGGCCCAGGCAGAGAAAGGUGGAUCUGGCGAACUGGAGGUCUCCUGGGGUCUGCACCAGAUAGUUAAAGCUCUGAGUUUCCUGAUAAACGACUGCCACCUGCUUCAUAACAACUUGGGGGUAUCAGCUGUUUUUGUGGAUCGAGCUGGGGAGUGGAAGCUGGGGGCCCUCGACCAUGUGGCCCCUGAACAGGGUGACCCAAGUGGGGUUUCACUCCCUACCCCCAAGUCUGUUUACCCAGACAUGGAGAGAUAUGACCCACCAGAGAUGUCCAAUAGCAGUGGGGAGAAAUGGGCAGGGGAAGUGUGGCGGCUAGGCUGCCUCAUCUGGGAGGUGUUCAACGGGCCACUACCUCGCACAUCCUCCCUUCGCUCACUGGGAAAGAUCCCCAAGGCCCUGGUUCCUCAUUACUGUGAGCUGGUGGGGGCCAACCCCCGAGCUCGGCCCAACCCAGCCAGCUUUCUCCAGACCUGUAGAGCCCCCGGGGGAUUCCUCAGCAACAGCUUUGUUGAGAGCAACCUUUUCCUGGAAGAAAUACAGAUCAAGGAGCCGGCUGAGAAGCAGCAGUUCUUCCAGGAUCUGAGUGACAAUCUGGACUCCUUCCCAGAAGACUUCUGUAAACACAAGGUCCUGCCUCAGCUGCUCACCGCCUUCGAGUUUGGCAAUGCAGGUGCCGUAGUCCUCACACCGCUUUUUAAGGUGGGGAAGUUCCUGUCAGCAGAAGAGUACCAACAGAAGAUCAUCCCUGUUAUAGUGAAAAUGUUCUCCUCCACAGACAGAGCCAUGAGGAUACGACUGCUGCAGCAGAUGGAGCAGUUCAUUCAGUAUCUGAAUGAGGCAGCAGUCAAUUCCCAGAUUUUCCCUCACGUUGUUCACGGUUUCACAGACACCAACCCUGCCAUCAGAGAACAGACUGUUAAGUCUAUGUUGCUGAUGGCUCCCAAGCUAAAUGAGACCAACCUGAACCAGGAGCUGAUGCGUCACUUUGCCCGGCUACAGGCCAGAGACGAACAAGGGCCAAUCAGGUGCAACACCACCGUCUGCCUGGGCAAGAUUGCCUCCUACCUCAAUGCAGGGACUCGACAACGUGUUCUGAUUUCUGCCUUCUCACGAGCAACUAAAGACCCCUUUCCAGCUUCACGCUCUGCCGGUGUACUUGGCUUUGCCGCCACACACAACUUCUACAGCUUAACAGAGAUUGCUGCCCGCAUCCUGCCCACCCUCUGUGCCGUUACUGUUGACCCCGAUAAGAGCGUCAGGGACCAGGCAUUUAAAGCCAUCAAGAGUUUCCUUUCCAAGCUGGAGACCGUGUCAGAAGACCCCACCAAGCUGGCUGAGAUGGAAAAGGAUGUAGCGUCGUGCGCUCAGCCUGCAGGUGCCUCUUCCAGCUGGGCCGGCUGGGCCGUGACUGGCAUGUCCACCAUAACUUCUAAGCUGAUCCGAAACGCCCCGGGGACAGAGGGGGGUGCAGCAGCCGAGGGCAGCGAGGCCACCAACACCACCAGCGCUACCAGUGCCACUGACGGAGCACCUCCAACUGGUUCUGAAGCUAAAACUAAACAAGCCUCUGUGACUCGUCAUGCUGCCACUAGUGGUGCCAACCAAUCACAAACUUAUGAAGUAAAAAGUAACAAUGAUGAGCCAAUGGGAGACCGCUGGCAUGAGGAGGAGGACUGGGGAAGUUUGGAGGAGCCAGAGAAAGCUCACACUGAGGCAGAUGACUGGAACACUGACUGGUCAGGAAUGGCAUCAUCCAAAAAGAAGGCCAGUGACAAAGGAGUGGGCCGGUUGUCAUCCUCCAUGGCAGUGAAGAAGCAGAGCGCUGACUGGAGCAGCUCAGGCUGGGACGCCGACGACAGCUGGUCCAACGAGAAGGAGGGGCAGGGUCAGAGCUCGGCGGGCGAGGAAGGCUGGGGCAAUGACUGGGGGGAGGACACAGACACAACCUUGGCCAAUGCAACGCUCCCCCUGCCCGAAGGGGUACGGUUAGCCAGCGAGUACAACUGGGACAGCAGCAGUUCAGCCACCAAGGGGGCUAGUCAGAACGAUCUGUUUGCUAGCGUGUCCCAGAGAAACCCAGCCAGCACUGCUGCCACCACGACUGGAGAUGGAUGGACUGCAGAGGCAACAGGAGACUGGGGAGCUGAGGAGAGCUGGGAGUCAGUGGAUGGGAACCAGGGUCUCAGCAAGGCCGAGCUUUCCAAGAAAAAACGAGAAGAGAGGAGGAAAGAGCUGGAGGCAAAACGGGCGGAGCGCAAAGCUGCUAAAGGUCCUCUCAAACUGGGUGCACGCAAGCUGGACUAAUGGGGAUCCAAAGAAAGAGUGAGGGUGGGGAUGUAGAGGGAGGAAUCAUGGACCACAGUGACUGACUCAGAGCAGCAGGGGGUAGCUUGACAUUCUACAAACAAAGGACCAGAAAGAAGUUUUAGAAGUGAACCAAAUACUGUGAACAGUAUGAACAAAACGUUACAGACUCUUAACUUUGGGGUUCUGUCUUUUUUCGUUCGGGAACUUACAGCUGGGUGAAGAGGCAACAAUCUAGUGCUUUAUGAAUGCAUUAUUAUGAAUGACAGAGCUGAAACAGACGGGGACAGAAAAGUGGAAGAGCAGCAGCCCAAGCGUUUUUUUCCCAACUCAUUAAGUUGCAGUUGUAAAGUAAAUGUAUAUAAACAGUGCAUUUUGUCUUAAAAU